CCAUCCAUCAUCAUACCCUCUCUCUCUCUAAUUUCUCUUUAAUCACUUUCAUAUAUCAUGGGUGAUCAUAAUAGCUCGCAAGCAUCUUACAUCCAUUUGGUGCAUCAUUUGAUAGAAGAAUGUAUAGUAUUCAACAUGGGCAAAGAAGAGUGUAUGGAUGCUCUGUUCAAGCAUGCUAAUAUCAAGCCCAUCAUCACUUCCACAGUGUGGAAGGAGCUAGAGAAAGAGAACAAAGAGUUCUUCGAAGCAUACGAGAGAAGACGAGAAGAAAUACCGACCGAGAAAGAGACAGCUCGAAGAAUCCGAGAUUUGCUUUCACGAACUACAAUCUAAGAUCAUGACACCUACUUUUACUUAAAUAUACAUACACUCAUCUAUAUUAUUAUAGGCAUGUGUGUGUGUAUAUGUAUGAGCCGAUUAUGGUUUUAUGUAGUCAUAACUCGUAACUCAUAUAACUGAAUAAAUAUCUGUUGUCUUUUUAAAUUUUGCUCUUUGUAUGAAACUCUGAAAUGUAGCCAAAAAUGAUUAAUAUAAUUUGUCUUUAGAA